AUUUGCGUGUUGUUUCAGCAAAUUUAUUACUACUACAGAGGCAUAGCCCCACAGAUGCCAUAUUAUGUUUUCUUUUCUUUUUGUCUCCCCAAGGACCUCAGUGACAUGACCGCCAGCAUGGCUGACCCAAGCCGCCUCCUCCACAAUGCCAGCUCCUGCCUUCCUCACUCCCCACCCCCAGUCAGUGUGACCCUCUCUCUGUUCUACACAGCCCUCUUGGUCUUCAGUGCUCUGGGAAACAUCCUUGCCCUACGCCUUGCCCGUCAAAAGGGCAAGAAGAUCAACUCAACGGGCGUCUACUUGGUCCAGCUGGCAGCGUCUGACCUCCUGUUCACGCUGGCCCUGCCUGGAAGGAUCACUUACUACCCGCUGGACUUCAGCUGGCCUUUUGGUGAAGGGCUCUGCAGGCUGACGGCGUUCAUCCUCUACGUGAACACCUACGGGGGGAUCUACCUCAUGACGUGUGUGAGCGUGGACCGUUACCUGGCUGUGGUCCGCACCCACCGGUGCCCCCAGUUCCGCGAUGCUGGCCGAGUGCGGCUCGUCGGUGUGGCUCUCUGGGCCCUGGCGUCGCUGCAGACGGCACCCCUGCUCUUCAUCCCCGUGACCAACCCCGUGGCAGGCAAGCCGACCUGCAUGGAGUAUGACAGUGUUGAGGGAAUCCUCAGGCUGCCCCUCGUGGUCCUGGUGGCCUGUGCCAUAAGCUUCUGUGGGCCAGCGGGGAUCAUACUGUUCUGUUACAUGAAGAUCGCCUUGAAGCUGUGCAGGAUGGCCCGGGAAAACCCUCUGAGGAGCCAGAAAGGCUGCCACCGGAGGGCCCGCCCGCUCACCCUGGUGGUGCUGGUGGCCGUGCUCGUGUGUUUCAGCCCCUACCACCUCACCAUCAUCUGGUUCAUGCUGAGAGAGAUGCUCCAUCCGCCAUCUUGCCCGGGGACUGUCCCUUCAGCUCACCAUGCCCCUCAUGAACAUGAACGGUGGCAAUGACCCCAUCAUUUACUUCUUUGCUUCCGCACGGUACAGGAAAUGGCUCCUCAGCUUCUUAAAACUCAGAGCGUCAGCGUCUUCCUCCUCCCCCACCCAGGGAAAAGCUUCCUCA